UAGUUUCGGAACGUACUUAUAAAAGAGCAUGAUUCUCCUUAAAACGAUCAGUGAGAGAUUCGUAGUAAGAAACAGGUGUCACUUUGCAUGAUGAGGUUCUUACAGUUAUUGAUGUUGUUUGGGCUUGUAGCUGUUCUAUUAGCAGCGAAAAGCGAGAAUGAUAACAAGAACAAACUAGAUGUUGUGGACGAAGAUGCAGACGACAAGAGCCCUGAAAAAGCUGAGGACAUUGAUAGUGAUGAUGAUAAUAGCGAUGAUGAUGAUAAUGAUGAUGAUGAGGAAGGGGAAGAGAGGCAAGAUGUUAUGAACAGAGACGAAGAUGAAGAGGACGAACCGAAAAAUGCUAAAGAUCCUUUGUGGUUUGGUCGACGACGCCGCAGCUACUACCGUCGACGAUCCUACUACCGUCGACGAUCGUACUACCGUCGACGAACGCCUAAACGUCGCCGUUCUUACUACCGUCGCCGUUCCCACUAUCGCCGUCGAUUUAGCUUUAAAAAGCACUAAACAUUAAGUACACUGUAAAUGCAGAUCUUUUUUGUACAAGAAAAACCAGUUUAAGAAAAGCUUGUAUAUUUUUAAAUGCUAAAAUUUUA